CCCUCACCCACAGCCAGUACUCAGUUAUCAUCUGUCAACAGAAGGGAAAGCAACGAUGAUUUUACUCGUCGUCUUGGUUCUGCUCGGCCUUGUGGGGCCCGCCAUGAUGUAUCAAAAUGCAAGCAUUAUCGGAGGUGUGGAGGCCCUCCCAGGAGAAUUUCCUUACGUGAUUAGUCUAAUUGACGUCAGAUUUGGCACGAGGAUACACUUCUGCGGAGGCGCCGUUUACAAGAAUCACUGGGCCAUCACUGCUGCUCACUGCGUCCAUACCUUUGAAGCCAGUGACAUUCAAGUCGUAGCAGGUGAACAUGAUAGAAGCAGAGACGAGGGUUUCGAGCAAUACGGGAAAGUUGCAAGCAUAACGAAGCAUCCGCAUUACAACGCAAACACUAUGAACAACGACAUUGCAUUACUUAAGCUAGUGAAGGCUCUGCAGUUUGACGAUUACGUUCAGCCAGUCACACUAGCUGAGAAGACUGAUCCUUUGCCACAGGAAUUUACGCUGGUUGGUUGGGGAUCGAACACAGAGGACGGAGACCCAGUUAACGUCCUUCAUAAAGUAACUGUUCCCAGGUGGAACGAGGCAGACUGCCUGGAUGCCCUUAAAGACCACUACUAUUCUCCAGGAAAAGAAACCAUCUGCGCUGGGUCAGAACAGGGAGAUGGUUGCUUGGGAGACGAUGGCGGUCCCUUGGUUACUGGCAAUAAGGCUUUUGGACUGGCUUCGUGGAGCGUUGGCUGCGGUAGGCCUAACACUCCCGCUGUUUAUACAGCGCUCUCGGACUACAUUGCCUGGAUAGAAGAAGCGACAAACUAACGUGAAAAGGAAGUUCUAAGAUAUCUCCACUUCUGUCUUUCACGAGGCUGUUUGGAAGCAGGACAGAUAGAUCAGCGCCAGCGGACGCCAGACGAUGCGAAGUUUGAAUUCAACGACGAGAACAAGACGUCAUUUACGGUGAAACUUUCUAUGACCACAUUACAACAUUAGUCGCAACAUUAUGUAAUUUACGCUGAUAAUUUCAGCUUAUAAUUUGUAUUAUGUGAGAAACACUUUACAAUGCUUACCAAUCAUUUUUUUCAACCGAGAUGCAUUAAAACUUGGGGGAUACAUACAUAUGACUUUUAAGUAGGGUAUAUAAAAUUAUGAAGUACACAACUGUAUAUAUAAAUAUUAAUAUAUUGGGUUUAUUUAAAUCCAGACCUCUUUAAAUUUAGAUUUUAAUUCUUAAACCUAUUUUUUGUCGUUUUUUAAGCAAUUAAGACUCGAUUUUUUUCCAAAUAAAAUCGUGUGAUGUUAAAGUAUUUCCAUGUAUUUUAAAAAUAAAGCUUAAUUUGACUUAUAGGAUCUGUGAGCCAUUAUAGAUUUACCAAGCAAGCAAGACUGAAUUGUCCAUUGCAGAAAGGAAUUUACAAAAUUGUUGUUGUUCUUUUUGGGGGAUAGGAAUGCCCUAUGGAAAAGCCUGAAAAGGUCUGAAAAAGGAGUUUUGCAUUGAGCUAAAGAUACAAGAAUUUUAAAGUAGGAUUUUUAUGAUUUAUUUAUUAGAAUGAAAAUGUAAAACAUAAAUAAUGUAAACGUUAAACAGUACAGGACAAUUAUUUCUUAUAAAAUAUAGUGUAUUUAUUCUAAUAUUCGUUGGUGAAAUAACGCUCCAUUUUACAGCAGAUUUUCGAAUGCGCAUCGAGUAAGCUGGAGGUCGGAUCACGCCUUGUAUUUAAUUCAAAGGCCAAUAGAAUAGGCUAACUAAUUCCCCUGUAUAGUUCAGGGCCGAAGAAAAUUUAAAAAAAAGCAAUUAAGGGGGAAGGAAGGAGCUAUACUCUGUUUUUUUUUCAUCUGUCCACCGGCCUGUGGUGUUUGUAUGGUAACACUGCGUCCCGAGCUUUAAAUAGUUACAGUCAGCUUACAUUCAACAAUUAUGAUAUUAUCCUAUUUCGAAUAUCAACGGUGUAAUUCGUAUACAGUAAAUUAUUAAAACACUUUUCAGUUGCAAAUGUACACCCAGAUAUCCUUUUAUUUAUCUAAAACUUACACAGCGUAACUAUCUAAAGCCUGGGACGCAGUGUUACCAUACGCAUACACCACAGGCGGGUGGACAGAUGGAAAAAAACAGAAUAUAGUCAUAUUACGAAGGCUUCAGUGUAGACUCCAGGCGCCCGUAAAUAUUCCCUAGAUGUUAGUCCCACUAAGUUGAAACCGUUCUGAUAUAGCAGUGGGCGGCCAUCUUCAGCAUAUACCUUGCUGCCCAGGACUUGGAAAUCAAACCAGUUGUGGUAAGCAUUCUUCCCAAACAGGCAAACUCACCUUUUGCUAGAUAGAAUAAGAAUCACUUGUCUUCUACGUUUCUCUCCAGCUGGCCGUCAGAGCGUCGAGUAUACCCAAGACCACCGGUGGUCUUCACUGAACCACGGUCUAGAACUGGACUCAAUGAACGCAAAGAUUAAACUUGGGGACCGUUAGGAGUUUCAAGGCUGUUAUGACGUUUGCAAAUUUUGAGUUAUAUAGUUGGUGCUUGCUGAUAUCUUCGAUGAAUAUACAAUUCGUUCAUUUUUGUUGUAACUACUGAGGUUAAGUUUUCCAGUAACCAUCUGUAGAAAAGAUAUUCUUGAACCUGAUGAUGGGAAGUUUCAGAUCAAUAAAAUAUUUCCGUGUAUAAUUUUGUGUCUAUAGCAUUACAAGAUACACUACUGGACUAUAAGGGUUACCUUUAAGAUUGCUUAUUUCUCGUAAUGAAUUCAUAUUAAUCGUUUGGAAGGAAAAUAUAUGUAUCUCCCACAGUAGAGGGUUUCUUAACAUUUAUGCUUUUUAUAAUUUUUUUUUUUUUUACGUGCCCCCAAGAGCCUAAAGGGAACACAAAUAGACGAAUCACUGACAAUCAAGUGAGUAGCUUAUAUGGUUUAUUGUAAGCAGUACGAGGAUUAUUGGAGGAAGGUCAAGAUAACGGCGGAAACCUACAGAAGAACAAGGAGGACUUUUGGGAGACAACCAGGAAAAGACAGUAAAUGGUGGCAAGUGAAACAACACUAUUUUUCCGUCAUUUAUUUUGAAAAGGCAUGAAGACGUCUUAAAUCCAGUGUGCGACAUAAAUGUAGAAAAGCUUCAUCAAUUCUUCAUAGUGCUUUGCACACAAAGACUUUAACUAUCAAAUUAGACAUUGUGAAAUGAAUAAAAAGUAAUUGCACUUCAAUACGAUUAACAAAAAAUGUAUUAUUCAUUUAUCCCAUGCUUGUAGCUUUUGCCCGGGUUAGAUAUGGCAAAGCUAGUAGAGAGAGAGAAUAAUUUGAAUAAGGCACCAGAUAACUAAUCCAUACGCCAUCUAUUGGCAAACAUUUUAACGUUGCUAUAAGCAAUAUCACGUCCACUGUUUGAUGUCUCUCUCCCUCUCUCUCUACCCGAGCACAGAACCACAACAUUCGACUAACGGCUAGGCAUACAAUUCACAGAUUAAUUGCUUGACAGAAAAGACUCCAGGCUAUUAGAACUUGGGUCAUCCAGUCGUGACGCGAGGUAGGCGUGCCGUGCUACCACUGAAGUACUCCAGAGAGAGAGAGAGGCAACAUGGAAUCUUCGGCCCUUGAGGCAUGUAAAAUAAAUGAAUACUUAACUAAACAAAUAAAUAUUAGCACUAUU